AUGGGUAAAAGCGUUGAAGUGUACAUAGACGACAUGGUGGUUAAAAGUAAGUUGGCUCCCAACCAUAUUGAAGACCUCGGCAACGUUUUUCAAAUACUAAGAAAGUAUAAACUACAGCUGAACGUAACCAAAUGUUCAUUUGGAGUGGGAUCUGGAAAAUUCUUGGGCUAUAUGGUGACUCACAGAGGCAUUGAGGCUAACCCUGACCAAAUAAGAGCCAUCCAUAGCUUGCAGCCUCCUCAGAACCCUAAAGAAGUCCAGAAGCUUACUGGUAUGAUAGCUGCUUUAAACCGUUUCAUCUCGCGCUCAGCAGAUAGAUGCAGGCCAUUUUUUCUCCUGUUACAUAAGUGGAAAGGAUUUGAGUGGGAUGAGGAGUGCACUAUAGCUUUCCAACAGCUAAAGGAAUACCUCGCCCAACCGCCGAUUAUGUCCAGUCCCGAGGCCGACGAGGUUUUGUUUGCCUACAUAGCAGUGGCCCCGCAUGUAGAGGCAGAAACCCGUUACCUUCCCCUCGAAAAGGCUAUCUUGGCCAUCGUACAGGCCAUAAGAAAGCUGCCCCACUACUUUCAAGCACACACUGUCGUGGUGUUAACUCAGCUCCCCUUAAAGUCCAUCCUGCGCAGCGCCGAUUACACAAGUAGAAUUGCACAAUGGGGAACGAUUUUGGGCGCCUUUGACAUUAGAUACAUGCCUCGCACUGCUGUAAAAGGCCAGGUCCUCGCCGACCUAGUAGCAGAAUUUGCGAAGCCUGCAACAGAAGGAAAAGAAGUGUCGGUCUUACUAGGGGCUGGUGAACAGGUGAGCAGCACAAUUUCCCCGCAUGGACUCACUUGGUGGAAAGCAUACAUUGAUGGCGCAUCGAACCAAAGGGGCUCAGGGUUAGGACUUGUCCUGCUCUCACCUGAAGGGAUAACAAUAGAGAAGUCAUUGAGACUCGGUUUUUCAGCCACGAAUAAUGAAGCCGAAUAUGAGGCGCUAUUGGAGGGAAUGGGAAUGAUCCGGAAAAUGGAGGGGAAAUCUGUAGACAUGUUCUCGGAUUCAAGACUUAUUGUGGGGCAGGUAAAUGGAGACAUAGAGGCGAAGGACGAAAGAAUGCAAGAGUAUCUAGUUCGGGUUAAGCACCUACAGACCCAUUUUCAUCACUUCCGCUUGACGCACGUACCCAGAAGUGGGAACACUCAUGCUGAUUCUCUCGCGACGUUGGCUACCUCCUCGGAUCAACCCCUACCUCGAGUCAUUUUGGUAGAAGAGAUCCUCCGUCCACUAACAGAGAAGGCCAAUGGGAUUGGAAUACAUAACAUCAGGGCAGGACCGAGCUGGAUGGACCCUAUCGUUCUGUACUUAAAGCACGACACCUUGCCAGAUGAUAAGGUUGAGGCUGGCAAGAUCAGGAGAAAAGCUACUCGAUUCUGGUUGUCGGAGGACUCCAAGCUUUACAGACGCUCGUUCUCGGGGCCGUAUUUGCUGUGUGUGCACCCAGAGGCUGCUGAACUCAUCCUGGAAGAGUUACACGAAGGAAUUUGCGGAAGUCACAUGGGGGGUAGAUCUUUGUCUCACAGAGCCUUAACGCUGGGUUAUUGGUGGCCGAGCAUGCAUAAAGAAGCCCUAGAUUAUGUGAAGAAGUUCGGCACCCCGCACACCCUGGUGUCGGACAACGGGCUCCAGUUUGACAGCAAAGCCUUCAGAAGGUACUGCAGUGAGCUAGGAAUUGUUAACCGGUACUCCACACCAGCUUACCCCCAGAGUAAUGGACAAGCGGAAGCCGUCAAUAAAACCAUAAUGAACGGACUGAAAAAGAGACUAGAUGACGCGAAAGGAAGAUGGGUAGAGAAGUUAGCCCAUGUCUUGUGGACAUACCGUACCACGCCUCGUAGGUCCACAGGGGAAACCCCUUUUUCAAUGACCUAUGGGGCCAAGGUUGUCAUUCCACUGGAGGUGAACUUCCCAACCCAGAGGACCACCACCUUCUGCCCCGCUACCAAUAACAAACUUCUAGAAAAGAGCUUGGACCUCAUCGACGAAAGAAGGGAAGGCGCGAUGGUCCACCUAGCUAACUAUCAGCAGAAGCUCAAGCAAGGUUACGACGCCAAGGUGAAGUCCAGACCAUUAGUGCCUGGGGAUCUAGUACUGAGGAAGUUACUUAUGUAA